UGAAAUUUAAUUUAUUUAGUUUUAGGAGAAAAACUUUUAUAUAAUUUAUGCAUAAAAAACGGGUAGAAAACUAUAUUGUACAAUGAAUUAAUUCGUUUUUAAUUUGUGCUUGUGUUUUCAUAUUAAUUCUUUUAUUUUCCUUUUUUUUUUUUCAUUCUCCAAUUAAGAAAUAAUAACAUAGACAAACAGCAAUUUCCGUGUGUUUCGUUAAAUUAAGCAAAAAAAAAAAAAAAAAAAAUACAAAAAAAAUACAAAAAAAAUACAAAAAAAAUUAUUAAUAAUCACUCCAUUGUGUGCAUCCGAAGUCAAUAACAAUUUACGGCCAGUAAAUGGGAUUUUCAGUGCAGAAUUCAGAAACCGGUGAAGUGGUUUACAUACAAUCAGAUACGAUGACUGUACAAACUCAGCCAUAUGAUGCCGAAACGGGUGAACCGAUGUUGGAUAAAGUUCGAGUGCGUUACAUAAAACAGCAGCAUUUUCAAAUACCUAAGAAACUGAUACGCGGCACAAUUGGCGAGGAAUUUGAGAAGAAAUUGCAAGGUAAACACCAUGAGUGCUAUCAAGAGCCCGGCAUAGUCAAAAUAAUCAAGGAGACGAAACUAAAUCGAGACUACCGCAGAAAGUCAUUUAAAGCUAAACGCAAUUCUAAAAAACUGAAAUAUAAACGAGACGACUACAUGAAUAUGGAGGGCGUAUCAAAUGUAAGUUUUUCUAUUUCUUUUUAUGUUUGUUUGUUGAUCGUUUUCCUUUCUCUCCAGGAUAUUAUUUUGGCCUAUAAUAAAUCGAAUUAUCGUAUUCUUUUGAUACCCACACUAUUCUGUUUCAAUAUAUAUGCGGCUCUGGUAGUCAUGCUGAUCGAACUCUUUUUUCAUAUAUGGGCGCAUUUUAAGAAUGGUCUAAACAUGGACAAGAAUAUUUAUUAUCGUAGUCCAUUGCAUGUGGUUACUUCGCAAUUUUGCGGUAAAUGUCGCUCGGAAUCCGAUUUAUCCAUAUUUCAGGCCUUAAACAAGCAAAUGCGUAACGCAGCUCGCAAAUCGGCCACCUUGAAGGAUGUUAGCAAAGCAAUCAGUUGAAAAACUCAAUGCCUUUAUAUUCAGCUAAGGCCUAAUAUUUUGAUUUAUGCUAUUUUCACUCAAAUUUUUCAAACAUUCGUUAUUCUUAUGUAUUUAGUAUACCGACAAAAGAAAUGUACAAUGAAUUUCUUCCAAUAAAAAGUGAAAUUUUAAUUUUUCUAUCCAUCCGAACACAUUUGUGUAACUUUUAGCAGAUCUAGUACGGAAUCUUUUCAUUGGGAUUUAUUCUCUGCUUUCAUCUAAUUUCUUAUACUACGCGUUUAUCGAUUAAUAUUUUUUUUGUACGCUACGCGUGACGGCGAAAGCCAGAAAAAGGCAAAGUUGAGAAAGAGAAUGAUGUAGGGAGGUCUGUGUGCCCUUAACACUCGCUAUACGUAUAACCGAGAAAGAAAAAAAAAGCUCUACCACGAUGAGAUUUGAACCGGCAAACACUUGCUUGUUAGUCGCGCGUGGUGGAACAAGAGUUUUGAAAAGUUUAAAGAGGAUUUCUGAAAAUACAUCACGGGGCAUUUUUGUGAAUAGUUUUAGUACCGUUUUAAGACAAAGUAGGACACAUGUGUGCUUUUAGCAUAAGCGGCAAAAAUAAAUCUAUUUAUUCGGAUCAAGUGUGAUGAGUGUAGCCUUCAAUGAAAAGCUCUAUAUUUGUGCAUAUGUCUCCGUACAUGCAUCAACUAUCGUAACUUUGCACCUUUAAACAAUUUUAUAUGAUAGCCGCUAUAAGUUGCGACUUAUUAAUGAAAAUUUAUUUAUAUCUUCAAUUUUCCUUACCUUUUUUAAAAUCCCUUUACCUUUUGCACAGUAAGAUCAUAUUAAUUUUCAAUCCAUCGCGAGUCUUACAAUUUGAAGAGUUCCGUCCGACUGACCGACUAAUUUUCUGCUUAAAAAGUCACAAAUAUUACUUAAGAAAAUGUGGUGGACUAGAGCGGAGAAAUAGUAAAACAAUAACAUUUAAGAAAAUUAUAUUCGAUCAUGACCGCAUCUUUUAUAUCCAUGGCUGUUGUACUAAAAAAGGCUAGAAAAAAAC